GCAGUGGCGCUGCCGGGUCGGUUUGUGUGUGUGUUAUUUCAUUUCAGUAUGGCGGCAGAUACUUGCGGAGGAGAACAAGUUGUUCCAAAUUGUACCUAGUUCAACGGAAGAAUGCUCUAAAUCACACAUUGCACCAUCGAUAGUGUUUCGAUUGACAUAACAUCGACGCAACACAUGGCUUUAUUUGGAACCUUCAGAAGAUUACUGGACGGGUGAUGCGUGAGAAAGGAGGUGCAGCCGAAGUCGUCUGUUUUCCGUGUCUGCUCUGUCAGUUAGCAAUAUAGCUACCCUCGCUAACUCUUUCCGACUCGGCUUACAUUAGCUUUUAAAGAGGGCCCGCGUCAUCAGUAGAGUGUUUGGCGUUGACUGUCAUACGGACUAGGCUUUACCUGAAGCAGCACUACACCACUGUUCCUUAGCUGAUUGAGCACAACUAUUUAGGCGAAGAGGCCCGUCUACCGCUCCGGCUAAAUGACAAGUUCUUAGCAUGUUAGCUUAGCUAGCUACUUUUUUUUUACAGCAAGCUAUCUGCCAACAUAGGCGUUGUUUAAUAACCCUAUAGUUUGGCUAUCAGUCUCUACAGUAGUCUGCAGCAAUACCCAUUUUGUUUUAAGCGUUGUUUUAUAAGCAGCUUGAUACAUUUUGCCCGGAUUGGAAGGAUUUGUUACUGUCGAGGGCCGUGAAACUCAAUAUUAGACUGUAAGAGACAGUUGGGAGUGGCUAAAUGGGUUUGCCAUAGCUAGUUAGCCAGUUAGCUAACGGUAGCAAACAAGGUCAGAUACUCAUGUUUCGAACCUGUCCAUAGUUAUUAUAAGCUACUCAAUAACGUUCUAUCUAUGGAAAAACAACAUUUUUACGAUAACAGUUGAGACAUACUAGCGGUAUCACAAGCUGGGAUUGAAAACGGCGCAAUGGUCAGAGUUUGUGCAAACUAGCUAUCUGGAUUUAUCCGAUGGGCUAAAGAUUAGCUGUCAGUAUUAAACCUGUUCAAUAUAGCUUAUCUCCCUAAACAUUUUGAUGGACGUGGUUAGUCCUUUUCAUAACUGCUCCUGUUGCUUUCGUCAUGUGCUUAUGGCUAGAAGAUAUUCUGGCCUGUACAUAGUGUUAGGUAACUGGACGUAAUGUCUCAGAAAUGUUUAUUUUUUACUUGUUAGAUUCAUGCAGAAGCUGUUUCAAAAGAGAAACGUCGAAAUGAAGCGUAAUGUUUGAUUGCUAUCAAACGUUAAUAGUAGUGCCUAACUCAAAAUAGAAUAGCCAGGCUAUAUGAUUUAGAAGCCGGGGGCUGUAGACGGCAAGUUUGUCAUUCUGGAUCAAGAAACCUUGUCUCUCGUCUCUGGUUGGAGUAACACUCCCAAGCCAUCAUCAAUGCCUUCAGCGCUGGCCGUCUUCUCCUGCCGUCCGAAUUCACACCCUUUUCAGGAACGUCAUGUCUACUUGGACGAGCCAGUCAAGAUCGGGCGCUCUGUGGCGCGAUGCAGGCCAGCUCAGAACAACGCGACGUUCGACUGCAAGGUUCUGUCACGGAACCAUGCUCUCGUCUGGUUCGAUCACAAGACUGGCAAGUUCUACCUCCAGGACACUAAGAGCAGCAACGGGACGUUCAUCAACAGCCAGCGUUUGAGUCGAGGGUCUGAGGAGAGUCCCCCUUGUGAGGUCCUCUCUGGUGAUGUCAUCCAGUUUGGGGUCGACGUCACGGAGAACACACGCAAAGUCACCCAUGGCUGUAUAGUGUCUACAAUCAAGCUGUUUCUACCAGAUGGCCUGGAGGCACGGCGGCGCUCAGAAGUCAUCCAGGCACCUUUACCACUUCCUGUUGAUAAGGUGGCUGCCAACACUCCCAGCAUGUACUCCCAGGAGCUGUUCCAGCUGUCCCAGUAUCUGCAGGAGGCGCUACACAGGGAACAGAUGUUGGAACAGAAGUUGGCGACACUGCAGCGUCUCCUGACCAGCACACAGGAGGCCUCUGAGAACAGCUGGCAGGCUCUGAUCGACGAGGAUCGGCUUCUCUCACGGCUGGAGGUGAUGGGCAACCAGCUGCAGGCGUAUUCCAAAAUCCAGACAGAGGAUGGUGUGCGUAAAGAGCUGGUGGCGCUACAGGAAGAUAAACACAACUACGAGACCACGGCCAAAGAGUCCCUGAGGCGGGUCCUACAGGAGAAGAUCGAGGUGGUCCGCAAGCUGUCAGAGGUGGAGAGGAGUCUGUCCAACACAGAGGAUGAAUGCACCCAUCUGAAGGAGAUGAAUGAGAGGAACCAGGAGGAGCUCAGGGAGCUGGCCAAUAAAUACAAUGGAGCAGUCAACGAGAUCAAGGACCUCACAGACAAAAUCAAGCUAGCGGAGGGUCGUCAGGAGGAGUUGACCCAGAAGGGUCAGAUUGAGAAGAAGGAGCUCCAGCUUCGUAUCGAUGAGAUGGAGGAGAAAGAACUGGCACUGCAGGCUCGCAUUGAGGCCCUCCAGGCUGACAAUGACUUCACCAAUGAACGCCUCACUGCCUUGCAAGUUCGGUUAGAGCAGCUGCAGGAGAAAAGCAUAAAGGAGAACAACACGCUAGGUGAUCCAGCAGGAAAUGAUGUCAUAGAAUAUGAUGAUGACUCAGACAGUGAUGACACAGACGUUGAUGAUUCCAACAUUGUGGAGGAUCUGGAGGAACCAGGAGCUGUGAAGCAGUUCAAAGAAGCAGUUGGAUCGUCGUUGCACAAGCUGGCGAACUUUGACGAGGUGAUCGAUGCCCACCUGCAGAACAACCAGACAGCAGAAGAGGAUAGCCUGACCAGUCCUGACAGACUCAAAGAAAACCAGCUGGAUGCUAAAGAGGCUGAUAUGUCAGACACUCUGAGCCCCAGUAAGGAUCGCAGCAGUGACGACACCUCUGACGGAAACAUGGAUGAUCAUGAACUGAACGAGCCUCAAAACAGAGUCGCCCUGCUCAAAGAUGAGCUGCGUCGCGCCCACCUGGAGCCCGGGGACACGGAGGAGGUGAUCGACCACCUGCACAGAGAGCUGCUGGAGGCGCAGGAGUUAGCCAACACAGGGAAGCAAAAGUGUCUGGAGCUCCAAGCCCUUUUGGAGGAGGAGAGGCGGAACAACAGACAGCAGACUGAGGAGUCAGCCAAGCAGAUCCAGUACUUACAGAGCCAGUUGGGGAAGCUAGCGGGUGACAUGGAGGAGUUGAAGGAGCAGCGUGAGAGUACCAUCAGCAACACGCGGGAGGAGCUGUACUCCGCUCAGGAGGAGGUGCUGGUCCUCCGCCACGCCAUGGAGGCAGCCACGGCCGAGAGGGACCGGGAAAUGGCUGCCCUGCAAGGUGACUUGGCUGGGGUCACGGCCCAACUGGACAAAUGGAGGAAGACUGCCUCUAAAUACGAAGAGGAGAUUAACUCCCUGCAGACUACAUUCCAGCAGCAGAGCCGACACCAGCAGAGAGCUAAUGACCUACAAGGAGAGUUGGAGCGUCUUCAGAAGGACUGCUCCAGUCUGCAGCAGGAGUGUGAGUGUCUUCGUUCUGAGAAGACCUCCCUGUUGGACAGACUGCAAAGGCUGGAGACUGAGCUGGACAGCUCCAGACAGCAGAGUGCCUCUCUGAGCAGCAGUCUCCAGUCUCUGGAGAAGUCACAGGGGGAGAUGCAGAGCAGGAUGGGUUCCCUGCAAGAUCAACACCUUCAGGAUGCCAACAAGCUGCAGUCCCAGUUGGCCCAGGCUGCCUCCAGAACACAGAGCCUGCAGAAGGAGUAUGAGGACACUCAGACACUGCUGUCUGACCUGAGGCAGCGCUAUGAGCGAACGGAGCAGGAGAAGCGCUCCAUCCACGACGAGCUGCAACAGUGUCAAGUCAGCCUCCAGCUGCUACAGGACAAGGGCAAGAAUAGUGGGUGGAGUCCCUGGAUGCCAGUGGUUGCGGUGAUGGUAGCAGUGACGGCAGCAGUGCUUUACCCCAACUUCUCCAAAAGCAGCACCACCUGAAACCUCAGCUCCGCCCCCCUGGACUGUCACCCAGGCAGCCCCACCCCCCUGCUCCUUCAGCACCUCAGCCUGCCCCUUUAGUCAGCCCUCAUUUUAUGGAUGGAUCACCCCCACCCUGGGAGCUGACCCCUGUCUGGUCUUUCCACACAGGGCCUGUUCUCCAUGGAUUGAUGGAUUCCCUCUGGUGUCAGAUAGCUCCUCUGCUGCAAACUGUACAAAGUCUGUGUAUAUAGAGAGGGAGAAGAGUAACCAAGAUGAAAAGUUGUAAUUUCUACCAUAGAUUAAAUACUAUAUCAACAGUUAUUUUUUCUGUUCUUAAUCAGUUUGAUGGGAAUAUUAGUAAUUUUAUUAUUAUUAAAGUGGCCUAAACUAGGCUUUUGUUUUGGUUAUUUUUUUCUUGAUGGGUACCAAACCUUUAUUCAUUUAUUUUGGCUACAAGUUGUUUUAGCUAAAUGUUAUGGUUUGUUGGUUUGUUCGGGUGUUAAUGUGGUAUUCCAAAUAAGGGUUUAUUAUUGAAGCCAAAUCAUUCUGAUUAUUCUUAGGUUGUGUCCCUUGAUACUCCCUGCUGUUGCCCUGUAAUAGGGCUCUGGUCUAAAGUAAUGUACUAUUAUAGGGAAUAGGACUCUGGUCUAAAGUUGAGUACUAUAUUUGGGAAAUAGGGUGAUUUUAAAGCAGUCUACAUUCAUGAGGCACAAAGUGCCUACAGAAACUAAUAGCAGGUGUCUGUGUCAGAACUGGUAAUUCUACAGAGGAGUUUUUAACUACACAUUGAAUAUUUGACCUACAAACAAACCAUAAAUGACUGGUGUGUAGAGGACUGAUUCACCAUGUGACGAUACUACUGUCAUGUUUCCUCUGUGUAUGGAGGAGAAAAACACUACAGUUCAUAGACUUUGAAUUAAAAUGGAACCUUAUUUGGUGUGCUGCAACAUGAUUUCUGGCAACUUGUACACAGUCAGGUUCUGGUUUUAGACAAGGGAGACUAGAAGGAUGGAAGGCACAAACCCCCCCAGUCUAAUGGCUGUAGGAGACUAGACUGGUCUUAGCCCCCUAACUCUGAGCUUGAGCUUCCAAGUGUUUGUGGUUAUGGUUCGGAGCAUCUAACUGUAGUUUUAUGUCUAUACUUCUAGUCCCAAUUCCUAAGCUCAUAGUAUGUUGGCUUCUAGUCCCAGACUCUGCCAUCGGUAUUCCUUGGGUUCUAGUCUCAGGCUCUGCCCUCUGUAUUCUAUGGGUUCUAGUCCCCAGCCAGCCCACAGAAAGCCCUCUGCACCAUAGAUCUGAUCACUACUAAAAUCUCACCAAAGGCCAAAAGGAGGAUUCUGAUUGCUUACCUGUCUCACCAGGACUAUGUCUGGUCUGUCUCACCAGGACUAUGUCUGGUCUGUCUCACCAGGACUAUGUCUCACCUCCAGAACACGUCUGGGGAAGAAAGCUUUGCCAUCAAAGAACAGAAAUGUUAACUAAAACCAGUGUAGAACCAGAGGUAGAAGGUCGGCGGUUAACAGGAGUGUUGGCCGUGUCUCAAAUGGCACACUUCCCUGUACACAAGUGUGCACUACUUCAGGUCAGAAAGGAGAAGGGUGCUCUUUCAGCCGUGGAGCCGCUGGGCUGGGUUUGAUGAGUGACCUAUGGAGCUGAAUGUGAACCAGGAGGUUCUGAGGUAGACGAUCAGUGAUUAGUGAACUGUUAGGUGAAGGAAGGAUCCUGGCGUGUGGUGUCUAGUGGACCGGUACUGCCAAACUGGACCAGUGAGGAAGCCAGCUCACUUGGAUAAAACACCAGUAAUAUAUUUACCAGACACAAAUAUUUGUUUUUGGUUGCUGAGUCUACGACACCAAGCCCAUGUCAAACUUAACUUUCGACGCGGAUGUUACGCCAGAAUAUUUACACGUUUAACUGGCUAGAUCAUAGAUCCUGCUUUGUAGUAUCGAUACCAGUUAACUGGCUAAGCAGACUUAAUUCUGCAAACUCCAUUGUGCAGAUUCAGUGAGGUCUCACUAGGAUCUUCUGCCUACACUGGAGUUGUAAAUAAACAAGCUAUUCCUCAUA